UUGAUGAUGAUUGGAUUUUUUAUCUCGAUUUUACCUGGACAUUUUGUAUUUUUAUUAUUUUGAUAACUUUUCAAGCGAGUUUGAAAGAAUGGGAAUAACGGAUUCGUUUCCACGUAAUUGGCAAUGCGCGCGUUGUACAUAUGUAAACACUUUCAUGAGUUUUAGUUCUCAAUGUGAAAUAUGUGGUUAUGAUAGAGAUGCUAAACUCUGGAUAUGUUGUAGUUGCGGAGCCAGUAAUCCAGCGCAUAUUGUGCUAUGCAAUUCUUGUGGUUCAGAACAAAAUACGUUUGCUGGGAAAAAUAAAGGUUGGCCUUGCCCAAAGUGCAGUUAUGUCAACUUUCCAAACUCAAUAAAUUAUAGUGUUUGUCAAUCCAAUAAAUCAUUAAAUAACCAGGUGAAAUCAGCGAAUCCCAUAGAUGUUGAAGUUGAUUCAAGCCGCUUAGGAGAGCUGCAAAAAGACGUUCUAAAAUGUCACAAAUGUAAAACUUUAUUAUAUGAUAAUACAGAUACUGAUUGCACAGUGUGUGGGACUCCCUGUGUUGCUGAGGGAUUUAAACCUAGGCCAUUUCCUCAGUCAUCACUACCAAAACUUACGACUGAAGAUCAACCAAGUUCAUCUGGUUUAUGGAAAUGUUCAACCUGUACCUUGUUAAAUGAUCCUGCUCAAACAAUAUGCCAGGCUUGUGGAAAUAUGAAAGGUGAUAAACCUGUAGCAAGAUUGCCCCCAUUAGACAAUUCAUGGUUGUGCCCGGUUUGCACUUUGGCAAAUUCUCCCUCAAUCAAGUUUUGCAAAGCAUGUAACACAACCAGAGAUGACAUAAGUUGGACUAAAGAUGCUGAUAGUUUGAGUGUGCCAAAUUCACCAACACAUAAGACAUGUGAAACUGUUGGAGUUGAAGCUAAAAGGAUCCAUGAUGAACAUGAAGCGAAGGAACAGUGGAAAAACAUUGUCGAAAUUUGUUCACAGCACAACAUGUCAUUUGUGGAUGAUUCAUUUCCUCCAGAUGCCAGCUCUUUGUACUUUAAACCACGGUCAUCCACACAUCCUCGCGUGUCUCGCUGGUUAAGACCUCAACAAAUGACAUCUCAGUCACAACUUCGUUGGGAGGUUUUUCGCAAUCCAAGUCCGUCAGAUAUAAUGCAAGGUGUUUUAGGCGAUUGUUGGCUCCUGAGCGCUUUGGCCGUUCUCACGGAACGACCAAAUCUCUUGGAAAAAAUCAUUGUAACGAGAAAGAUCUGUGACGAAGGAGCUUAUCAGAUUCGGUUAUGUAAAGACGGGAGAUGGACUAUCAUUCUUGUUGAUGAUUUUAUUCCUUGUAAUCAGUAUGGGAUGCCAGUUUAUUCACAGGCUGCCCGUCGUCAGCUCUGGGUCCCGCUUAUUGAAAAGGCGAUGGCAAAAUUACAUGGUUGUUAUGAAGCGCUAGUUGCUGGAAGAGCCAUAGAGGGAUUAUCAACAUUAACUGGUGCACCGUGUGAAACUGUACGAUUGCAAGUGUCAUCGACCACUCCUGACAGUGAGGAAGUUAUCGAUAAAGAUUUAGUUUGGGCAAAAUUGCUCAGCUGUAGGAAUGCUGGAUAUUUAAUGGGAGCAUCAUGUGGUGGUAACUCCAAAGAUGACGAUGAAUAUAUUUAUACCAGUGUUGGACUGCAGUCACGUCAUGCCUAUUCGAUACUUGAUAUAAGAAACGUUGAAGGAAACAAGCUUCUGCGCCUGCGAAAUCCAUGGGGAAGAUUUUCUUGGAAAGGAAAUUGGUCUGAUAUGUCGCCAUUAUGGACACCAGAAUUGCGCGAAGAGUUGAUGCCUCAUGGUGCUGAUGAAGGCUUGUUUUGGAUCUCAUUCGAAGACAUGAUGCUAUAUUUUGACUGCGUAGAUGUGUGUAAAACCCGCAAUGAUUGGACUGAAGCAAGAGUAGCGAGUGUUUUGCCGCCUUUUACAGGAGGAUCAAAUGAAAUUGUUUCAAUGGCAGUAUUUUCACCAACUGAAUUAGAUCUUUGUGUUUAUCAAAAAACGUCACGGAAUCCUUCUACUCAAUCGUUGGUAGAUUUGUGUAUAAUUCUGUUCCGUUCCAUGCCUAAUACAUCACAUCCAGAGCUUAUCUCAAUAGUCAGCAACAGCAAAAGAACUGUAAAAGGAAGUGUUUCAUUGAGUGUCAUCGUUGAAGAAGGUGUAUAUAUUGCAGUUGUUACAGCGUUCAGUCACUGGCGAUCUGGUGGAGGAAAACAGGAUGUUUCCACGUAUCCAAGUUAUGUAUUAGCAGUUCACAGUUCAAGAGCAGUCAUGAUUGAACGUUUCCCAAUGACCGAAUUUUUAUUAGCUGAUGCUGUCACGUGGAUGACAAUGAAGAAUGGAAAAUUACACACGGGCAUUCCUGGUAUAACUAUUUAUUAUUUAACUCAUGACAUGGCUGGUCUGUUCGUCGUGGCUGAAAACAAGAGACAAGAUAUGCAUUUGUUAGUUAACUGUGAUUGUGGAGGAAGUUUUAAUGUUGUUUCCACGCGAGGUUUACUUUGCACCACUGAUGUUAUACCACCUUGUCACAGGCAAGUUGUGGUAAUCUUGACGCAGCUCGAAGGAAGCGAUGGUUUCUCGGUUUCACAUAAACUGAGCUUUCGAACAAUGGUAGAUAACGGUGACGGGGACUAUGGCGCACAGCAUAUGCCAGAACUAGGACAGGAUCUUAUUGGACUUCAUUCUCCUCGUCCAAUCACAUUUAACUUCUGUUAGUCACGAGUUAGCCUGCCUGGUUCUUCGUGAACUGAUCAUCGUAUCUUUGGAAUGUCACACACAAAUUGCAUCCGCUCUGUCGUGAGUCUCUCUAAUGAGGUUUGUCGGUGGUGUAUUCACAAUGACUGCUGGUGCAGUACUUGAAAUAACCAAAGUAUGGCAACAUUCAAGAGAAUACAUGCAGUUUAUUUCUCCCCACAAUCCUGGCAUUGAUCUGUACAGUAUUGGUAAAGAAUUCAGUCCCAACACCUCUUUCGCGGUGUAAUUUUUGACGUGUCAUUUUCCACGAAAAGCAUCUUCAAAAUUUGCUGGCUUUGAGACAAUGACUAACACAAUUUAAAGUCACUAUAUCCAAAGAAAACUUCUAAACAUUGAAGAAUUAUAAAAUGUUGAGCCAGUCUGUAGAUUUGCGAAAUAUAUUUUCGAAUGAUUAUAUUCGCAAAAAAUAGGUGAUAUUGACUUUAGUGAUCGAUAUUGGACUAGAACUCAGUGCCCUACAACCAUUCAGCUAAUAUACGUUGCAUU